AUGAUGAUUUUUGCUUUAUUUUUUAGUUAUUAUUUUGUGUUUCAGGUGGUGACGCCUAUUGAACAAUCCUUCCAACACCUUGCCAAUGCACCAACUUCUUUCAACUUGAUUCGGUUCACAAUGGAAAUGAGCAAACUUGCCAAAGAAUUGCCGUUUGAGGAAGCGAAAGCAGGAUUGAUCAAGUCAAUGACAAACAUUUUGCACGAUGAAAAGUUUGAAAAAAUUCGCGGGGACGAAGCGAUGCUCAAGCUUCUUGAACUUCUAGCCAAAUGCAGCACGAAAAUUGGUGGAACUGAAGUUUACAAUCAAGCAUACGGAAUCGGCCUGUUCAAUAAAUACAAAGAAUUCUACUUCCAAUGGGCACACGAGUGUGGAAAGAUGAAAGCGGUCAGCGAAUUUCGAACGGUUUUCCACUUGGCUCGAUCCCAACUUUACUUUCAAAUGCCACCGACUUCCAUUGAAAGUGAUUUUGAAAAGAUUUUCCAACAGUACUUUGGUAAGCUGUCGAUGCAUCAUUGUCUGGAACGUACGGAAACUCUCAACAAGCUUUUUGCCGGAUGUUCUAUUGAGGAAAUUGCGUCAGCGGAGAAUAAUAUGAGUUUUGGAAACUCUCGUAAACUUUCUGGCAAAAGCGUUAAUGUGCGAUCAAACCAUAGAGUUCUCGAAGUGGCUCGCGAAACUAUGAACUCUUCAGAUAUUUCGCCAAACAAGAAUACGUCAUCAGUUUUGCUGGAUGGAUCGCCAUCAACCAUUUGGCCUCCCAGUGAUUCGCUGGAGUUGCCUCGUUCUAUUCAGAUGAGAAAGUGUGAAAGAGAAAGUGUGAAAGCUGACACUUUUUCAAUGUCAGGACAAUCUUUCGAUGACAGAAGCUUUGCAAAGUCCAAGGGAAUGAUUGCACAGAAUCUUGCAAUUUCUACAACCGUAGGUUCUCAGAAAGAUAUCCUUCACAGAGAACCAGUUAAAGGAAACAGCGUGCUUGAAGCAUCUACAUGUUCAACUCCAAAGAAGGACACUUCAAUUGUCGACUUUGGCACCUACAUAAAGAACCAGGUGCACCAAACUUCUAGCACUAUGCGCAACUCGAGACGUCGAAAGCUUGCUGCCACAGUCACAUCUACGGAAUCUCCAAUGAAGCAACCACGCAUGACGACUGGAAUUUUCAGCGAUAGAGCAUCCACUAUUUUUGGAGGAACCAAGCACUAGCAAUUCACUUGCAACAUAUCAUAUAUCACCUAAUGUACCGUUAUGAUUAUUAUUUAAAAUUGAUUCAAGUACUCUUUUUGUUUUGUUCCCUUUCCCCAUUAAGCACGCAUUCUGAGGUUAGAAUCGUGUGAUUAUUUUUCUUUACCCCAUUUUUGCCGGUUAUCCGUAACUUCCUGCAUUCACCAUAACCAUUUUUGAGCUCCCAUAUAUUCAUUUGUGUCCCACUUUCCGGCUGCUGUCUUGUAGAGACACCGUGAUCCCCCUCACACCUAGUUUUCUCCAGUUACCAGUAACAGUUACAGUCAUUAGCUAAAUAUCCUUUCCAAGCUUUUGUACUUGGCCAGUUUUAGAAAAAAGUAUUGAAUGACUAAAUAUUUCCUGUAAAUAAUAAUUGAAGAUCUCCCCGAUAGAAAAAUUCCCCCACUUGCCAUUUUUGAGCUCCCGUAUUUUAAUUUUUGGCUGAACUUCCGGUUUCUGUCAUAUAGAUACACCUUAAUUCCCCGUACACCUAGUUUCCCCCAGUUGCUAUUGUUAGUUAAAUUUUGCUGCUCUAGUUAUUUAGAAUAGUAUUACCUCUCCAAACUUUUGUAUUUGACUAGUUUUAUAAGAAAUUAUUGAAUGACUAAACAUUGCCUGUUAAUAAUACUUGAAGAUCUCCCGGAUAGAUUAGCUCCCCCAAUCGCCAUUUAAAAUUUAUAAAUUUUAAUUGUUUUCCCCUUACCUUGAUUCUUUCAAAAUGCCCCCAUGUUCUACUUUUAGUGUGGUUUUACAUGCGAAAAUAAACUUUGUGUAGAA